AUGCAUUUCCGACCAUUGCUAUCUCGGUCCCGCCAGAAGUUUAUCACAGGGCAAUGCCCUUUUCGAAUUCGUGUCAUAUCCACAAUUAGCGACGAGGUGAAACAGGCAUCAGUCCUCCACAGCACACAAGAAACACCCCCGGAUGUUGCGUUACGUCUGAUGCCGCUCGGAGGGUCAGUCACAUAUGGCGUCGGAUCCUCGGAUGGAAAUGGAUACAGAAAGGUUCUGCAAGAUCUUCUGCUUGCCAAUGGCUACAAAGUCUGUAUGGUCGGUUCGCGCAAGGCCGGGUUGAUGCAUAACAACGAAAAUGAAGGAUGGCGGGGCUAUCGCCUUGAUCAGAUCGAAAGCAAAGCGAGACGAUCAGUCGCAAGUCUCAAGCCGAACCUCUUCACAAUCAACGCCGGAUCCAAUGACUGUAUCCAGAGCCAUAAGCUUGAUGCUUUUGGGCACCGAAUGGAUAAUCUGCUUGAAUAUUUAUGGAAGACCUCUCCCCUCUCUACCGUUGUCGUGUCAACGUUGCUGGUAAAUGCUGAUGAACAAGUCAACUCGCGAAUUCAGGACAUCAACAGUUAUCUCCGUAACAUCGUGGUAUUGAAGGAAGCCGAACAAAAAAGGAUAGCUCUUGCAGAUAUGUACAGUACCAAAGGACCCGAAGUCGAGGAUUUGAUGGAUGGCACCCAUCCCAACGAUGACGGUUAUAGCAAAAUGGCGCAUAUCUGGUUUGACGCCAUUCAAAAAGCCCGCGCAAACGGCUUUUUUCAUAGGUAA